AUGAAUCGCCGACGCGCCCCGCCUCGCCCUCGCAACCCGCCGUCGUUGAGGCGCGAGAACGCGGCUGUGGGGGUGGAGCUGGCGGGGAGGAUGGGUGGGGUUGAUGAGAUGGUGGACGGUGAGGAAGAGCGUGGAAGGAAAGAGAAGACUGCAUUUGGCGGUUUUGCAACAGCUGGAACUGGCAGUGCCGCUAUGAAGGACGCGCGGGACUCGGUACCGGCGGAUACUAUGGAUGGCCCUGUGACGCAACCGGACCGGGUGACAGAGGGAAAAGAGCAAUGGAGAGAUAAUCACGGUCGGGAUGGCUCUCCACCUGCGACUGAAAACGACAUGAAGGAGUCGAGAACAUCAGCAGGGAUGGCAGCUGCAGCAGAAACAGCAAAACGACAGACCACCUCUAUCCGCAGGCGACCUCGACAAGAUGCCCUGAAGCCAUCAGAAGCUUCCAAUGCGGGCCACAGCCGCAGUUCCUCGCCAGAUGAACAGCCCCGGCCCGCUAUACCGAAUCCGUUUUUCGACCAUUACCCGUCUCCCCAAAGCCCUGCACGACGAGAUCUGGGACGCUAUGGAAGUCCUUACGAUGGCUCCCGCGGACCACGAUUUCCGGAUCCUGCUCUACCGCAUAGUUUCCACCGCCCUGGACCAUCUGCA